AGGAAGUUUACCCCAAGCGUGUAUAAAAUUGCUUCCUGUACUAAUUGGGAAGAAACACAUUUUGAAACAUUCAUGGCUUGAAAUUAUUGAAAAACAAUAUACCGCGCAAACUACACAGAUCAAGAUGAAUUACGUACCGGGAACGGCAAGUCUCAUUGAUGACAUCGAUAAGAAACAUCUGGUCCUGCUGCGAGAUGGCAGAACACUAAUUGGGUUCCUCAGAAGCAUUGAUCAGUUUGCCAAUUUAGUUUUUCAUCAGACAGUUGAACGCAUCCAUGUGGGCAAGAAGUUCGGGGACAUCCCCAGAGGCAUCUUCAUCGUGAGGGGAGAAAACGUGGUUUUACUCGGAGAGAUGGACAUGGACAAGCCCUGUGACGCGGUCUUGCAACAGGUCUCUAUAGAGGAGAUUCUAGAGGAGCAACGACUGCAGCAGCAGGCCAAACAGGAGACAGAGAAAGUAAAGAUGCAGGUCCUGAAAGACCGGGGUCUUUCCAUCCCCAAAGCAGAUAACCUGGAUGAAUACUAAGACUUUACUUCACCUAUGUAAUCCUCUCGGUUAUUUUGUGUUUGACCCAGCAAUUGACUGGUUUAUGUUCAAUUGUAGUGUUUUUGUUUCAGGAAAGAUGCCUGUAGGCCUACCAUGUAUUAUUUAGGCUUUUGGAGCCUAUUUUGUAUACUGUAAUGAUUUUAUUUUGUGGGGAUGAGAGAAAAAUAACCAUGGGACUUGCAGGAUGAAAGGAAUAUCUGUCCGUUAUCAAAAUAUGAUUUUGUUACUCAAGCACUUACAAUAUUGUUGCUACAUGAUGGUCAAUCAUGUUAUUUGGAGAAGAUGUACUGGGACAAAGACUGUAAUGGUUCCAAUCCAUUAAAGUGAUUUGUUUUUGA